AUGCGUGCUUAUACUUCUAUCCAUCUAUCUGCCUUCUCUCAAGGAAACUAUCAAAAUAAAAUAAAACAAGCAACGUUGCCAAGCCUCGCCAUCGUUCUCCCCACCAAACUCAAUUUCAUCGAACUAAAGCGAAGGCAGAUUUCGCCAGCGGAAGACGACGACGUGCACCCGACACCGCGCUACGGCUCUCUAGAUACCUCCCAGUUCAAUAAUAGCCUGCUAAUUACUUCUAUAGACGUGUUACUCUUACGCUUGCUCCCUUUGAUGGGAGAUGGGAACGCAGAGACGCGACUCGACGGGGCUGCCGGGCCACGACUAGGGGGGAGCUUUGCGCCAGCCAACCUUCCAUAUCACAAGAGAAACAGUGCCGGUAGCACAAGACUGCCGAGCUUGCUGCCGUCGAGAUUUACUUUCUUGCGCAUGAAUUCCGCUAACGUCACGAAAAAUACACAUGACAAGGCCGAGGGCGAAGAGGAAGCAGACGGGGACGAGAUCGAUGGUGGCCUUGACAUCAUGCGGACAACAGGACAGCAGACCGGAGGGCAGAGGUUAAAGGUGCCAGACAGAGCUAUUGCCAGCGUCCUAAACCAGCAAAGAAGGAAGACGCGGAGAAGAAAAGGCUCGUUGAGGAAAACGGCUUUACUUGGGACGGGGAUCUUUCUCAACCAGUACGAUGGACCGGCAGAGACUGAGGGGCAUAAGAGCAGAGAGGAAGAGGAGCUUGAAAAGGAUGGGGAUGCGGGUCGUGAAGCUGCCUCUGUUGUCACAAACGACAGCAAGAAGUUAUCUCGGCUUCAACGACAGCUCUCAACGUCAUUUGACGAGGGUGAGUCUACUCCCCGACGAUAUAGUCAUUCGAGCACGCUUGCUGCGGAUCACGAAAGUUCCUCCUCUGCCUCUCCCUCUUCCUGGAACCGGAACCAGUGGAAGCAACAACAGCAGGGACAGCAAUUGCAGCACACGCCGACAAACAGUGGCUCCUUCUCGAAUACCGCGCAAGUAGGACAAUCAAGUGCAGCAAACUCCGUCCAAGAUGAUGGCACAACGGAUGAUGAAGACGGACUCUCGCUACCGCGACUGAAUACCUCGAAACACUCUCGUCUGUCGAGCAAAACUAGCAACAGCAGCAUAUCGGCCUCUCCUGUACUUCCUCCUCGACGUAUGCCGCUGACGGCUCUACAAACAACUGUUUCAUCUAGUUCAGACUCCUUCUUCAAACAUUCCAACACCAUGGCACAGAUUUCACGCUCGUCUUCUCAGCGUAUUCGGUCACCACUAGCUACUUCAAACACUGCCGAAAUCACCAGUACCUCAGAGGUAUGGGAUUACUCUGAGACCGAGUGGUGGGGAUGGAUUAUACUGAUAGUCACCUGGCUGGUGUUUGUCGUCGGCAUGGGUAGCUGUCUUGGGGUAUGGAGCUGGGCGUGGGAUGUUGGAGAGACUCCAUAUGCACCACCAGAGCUGGAGGAUGAUGCCACCCUUCCAAUUGUAGGGUAUUACCCUGCCUUGAUCGUCCUGACAGCUGUUAUGGCUUGGGUUUGGGUGAUAGUUGCUUGGGUGGGCAUGAAGUAUUUCCGACAUGCAAAUAUAUCAGGGGACGAUACGUGA